CAUCUCCAUCUCAAUGAGUUUAGGGCCCAGUUUGAGUUGAUCUGCCAGGAGUUUAUUGGCCUUGAAUUCUGUGUCAAGCUUCAGGCUUUACGUUCUCAAUUCCAUCGAUUUAAAAUGUUAUUGAGCCUCGAUUGAUUUUCGAGGUAGUCUUCUUUGAAAGAGUGCUUGUCAGGUGUUUCGUUUGGAAAAUGGUGAAAUCCUCAGACACGGUUUUGAACGCGGUCUGGCUGGUGACAUUCGCACCCUUUAGCUCCUCCCCCAUCCUGUUAUCAAUCAAAUGAACGGUAAGCAUUAACGGUUCGACAUUAUAUUGAAUUGUGUGUUUUUCUUCAGGUUGAUGGGAUCAUCGCCAUAAGGAAAUAUGAAUCGUCCCUGUGUGAACUGCUUGAAAGGUUCUGUCACCUUCCUCAACUUCAUCUGCUGGUUGUGUGGUGCCUUCAUCGUGGGUUUUGGAGAGUUCCAGAUGGUGCACUCUAGAUUUGGCUCCCUCAUCACGUCCUUCUGGCCCAUCUACCCUGCCAACACCCUGGUAGUCACGGGUACCAUUGUGACGUGUGUCUGUUUCCUAGGAAUCAUGGGGGCCCUGAUGGAAAACCGCUGUAUGCUCAUCACUUUUUUCAUCCUGCUGUUUAUCUUGAUGCUGGUGGAGCUGGCCAUGGCCUGUGUGUUUCUGGUGUACGAGAGGGAGAUUGACACUUUCUUUGAGAAAGACCUGAUGCGUAGCUUGGCGACAUACAAGAAUUCUACGUCAGAGGGGAACUUAACCAUUAAAGAGGACUUUGAUGUUGUCCAGCAUAUUUUCAGGUGCUGUGGGGUCCACGGCGUGGCAGACUGGGAGGGCAACGUGCCCCUCUCCUGUUGUACCAAAAACCCCUGUAACAUCAUCCCCCAACCUAACUGGCAGGAGGGCUGCCAUAUGAAGCUCAGGAACUGGUUUGCGAGGAACUUUCGAAGCACUGGAGCAGGUGUCGUCUCCCUUUUCCUUCUACAGUUCCUUUGCAUGUGUUUCACCGUUCCCGUCUUCUGCCAGUUCAGUCGUAAUGGAUAUGGUUACAAGUGAAAGGAGAACCCAUGACUUUCAACUGGCUUAUGAUGCAAUACAGGAUUUAAUGAACUUGAGACAAAAUAAUAAUAGAUUUAAUUUAUGUCGAGCUUUUUAAUACAUGAAAAAUCUCAAAGAUGUAUUGAUGUCCUAUGUGGCUCAGUUGGUAGAGCACAGCCCUUGCAAAGCCAGGAUUGUGUGUUUGAUUCCCACGGGGGACCAUUGCGAUGCACUCACUGUGAGUCGCUCUGGAUAAUAGCGUCAGCUUAAUGACUAAAAUGUAGAUGUCAUAAGGAUAUCAUUUUCCUUCGCGUGUUUAGUUUUUGUUUGAUUGUUUAUUUAAGCAAUAAGGCCCGAGGAGGUGUGAUAUAUGGCUAAGGGCUUUCUAUGCAGGACGCAACACGGAGUACCUUAUUGCGUUCAUUAACUGGUUACCAACGUA